AGUUUAGAGCUUGUACUCAGCGAGUGAUAAACCUAAUAGCAGCCAAAUGAAUACCGUAGAAACUGAAAAUAUUGUCUUUUCAUACAAAGAUAUUGAACGACUUGGGAAAACAAAUUUAUCAGACAAACUCAUAAAAUACAUCUACGGUGGAGCUGAUCAGCAUCAAUGCGUAGAAAGGAACAAGACGGACAUUGAGAAAAUUCUCUUGAUGCCAAAAGUAUGCGCUAAUUUAGAGGAGAGGUGUCUGGAAACUGAGAUUUUGGGCCAUAAAAUUGGUAUGCCAUUCGGUUUCUCUCCAACUAUGUGCAGAGCAUGGAUAAAUGAUUACGGAGAGAUUCAGGCUGCUAGAGCUGCUUCAGAUAAUAAUAUUCCUUUCGGUUUAAGUUCUUACGCCGAAACCUCCAUCGAACAAGUCGGCAAAUCAGUUCGUGAGAAAAAUUGUCUGAAAAUUAUGCAAAUGAACGUCUAUUCAAAAGAUUCUAUGAACGAGGAAAUCAUUAAAAGAUUGGAAAAAUCUGGCUUUCAUGCAAUUGCUAUUACUCUGGAUCAUGCGGUUCACGGUAAUAGAAGUUUUGACAAAGCGAUAGAGGAAGACAACAGCACAGUUCAUUGGCCAAUGCCAAAUUUUCCUAAAGGUAUUUUGUCUGAAUUAAUGAAGGAUACGAGCAAGGAUGCUUCUGAAGUUGAUUCAUAUUGUCAAACUUGGGAUGAUAUUCGUAGAUUAAAGAAGCUGACAAAACUAAAGAUCCUUGCUAAAGGAAUCUGUAAACCAGAGGAUGCUCUAGCAGCUGUUGAAGCUGGAGUAGAUGCUGUUUGGGUUUCUAAUCACGGAGGACGACAAUUAGGUGACGGUCCUUCAACUAUUGAAAGUCUUAGAAGAAUUGCGCCUGUCCUGAAAGGUAAAGGGGUUGAAUUGUACGUCGAUGGAGGAUUUUCGAAAGGGACAGAUAUAUUAAAGGGCCUUGCUCUUGGUGCAAAUUGCGUUUUCUUUGGUCGACCUGUACUUAGUGCUUUGGCAUACGAUGGUGAAGAAGGCGUAGAAAAACUAAUCGAAAUAUUAAGUAAAGAGUUAAAAAAUGCUAUGGCUUUGGUAGGAUGCAGUAAAGUUUCAGAUAUUGAUGAAUCCAUAUUAUGGGUGGAAUAA